GCUGCCCGAACCACCCCCCCCCCCGGGGAUGGAGGGCGGAGGCAGGAGGGGUGCCGAAGGCUUUGCUCCCGACACGCGUCCCCGAAGCCAUGAGGGUGCCAAAGGCACUCCUCCCUCCCCCCAGCAGAGGGAUGCCUGGAUUAUUUGCUCCCCUGUCGGCUCCUCCAUUUCCUGAUGACGGUUGCAUUGGGUAAACUGGCAAACUGACACAGGAAGCCCAGGGUAAGUCGCAAACCAAGGUGGCAUUAAGAAAUCUGCCCACCAUUGGCACGAGAGCUCCUUAAAUCCAGCUCUGCAGCAGGGGCAGCCCGGCUCUCUGACCCCCAUCCCUUCAAGCUGGUACCCAUGGGAAUGCAGAGCAGGGGCAGCAGCUGACGGGGGAUGAAAGGCAACACAGCAGGCAGCACCAGGCCACCGUCAGCCCUGGGGACAUCCUGGGAGGUGUCCCUGGGCCACGGCAGGGCUCUGUUCUCACUUGCACCCUCUGUGCCAUGGGAGAUUUCAUCCCAGUUAGCUCGAGGCGUAAAAGCAACCAGGCACAGGCUGGGAAGCUGCUCUGCUUUCUCUCUUCCUUUUCCCAGCAAGCAACGUCUCCUCCACCCAAGGGAAAGCUACCGGGCAGUGCCACAGGCCAAGCUGCCCCCACAGAUCUGUGGCAGCAAAACCAAACCCCCCAUCACCCCUUAGGAUUGCGUAUCUCCAUCCAAAGUGAUUGCACAAGGCAGCAAUACUGAGAGGAGGACAGGGGGUACCCGCCGGUGCCCAUACAGCGGCUGUGCCCACAGCACCACCCUGCAGGGUUAUUUAACCCCCCCCCCAGCCUCAGGUGGCCUCACAGGAGGUGGUGGUGGCCCACGCUGCAUCAGCAUGCUCUCUGCUCUGCUCAUCCUCAGCCUGGGGGUCUCUGCGCUGGGUCCAACAGGUGCUCACAGCAGUUGGGUCAUCGGGGGAAAGGCAGUGGUGCCACACUCGCGGCCCUUCAUCGCCUCCAUCCAGAUGGACGGGCAGCACUUCUGUGGGGGCUUCCUGGUGUGGCCCAGGUGGGUGAUGACAGCCGCCCACUGCCCCGUUCCCAGGCGCAACCCCUCCGUCCGCGUGGUGCUGGGAGCACACAGCCUGGAGCAGCCCGAAGAGUCCCAGCAGGAGUUCAGCGUCGAGGAAUCCAUCGCGCAUCCCCUCUACGACCCUCGGACGGUGGACAACGACAUCCGACUGCUCAAGCUGAACCACAUGGCCACGCUGAACGCAUUUGUGAAGCGCAUCCGCCUGCCCCGGCCACACAUCGACCUGAAACCAGGCACCCUCUGCUCCGUGGUGGGUUGGGGGGACAUCUCCAACUACGGCGAGCGGCCCAUCCAGCUGAUGGAAGCCAACACCACCAUCAUCAAGAGGAGCCUGUGUCGGACCCUAUGGAAGGGCCGUGUCUCAGGCAACAUGCUGUGCGGGGCCAGCCACAAUGCCACACUGCAGGGCGUCUGUGCGGGUGAUUCUGGGGGACCCCUGGUCUUCAAAGGGAAGGUUUAUGGUGUCGUCUCGUUCUCCGGGGAGAGAUGUGGGGACCGCCGGUACCCCGACAUUUUCACCAGGAUCUCCAACUACAUCGACUGGGUGCAUCAAGUUGUGCUCAGCCAUCGCCAGCCCCAAGGGCAGAAGAAGCACAAACCGGGCCCAGAGGAGGGGGAGGACCAAGGAGCAGCGGGGUGGGAAAGGCCAGGCCUCCCACAACCCUCUCCGACUCCAAGGGCUUUAAUGUUCAAUGGGAACUGACACCAGGGCUCAUCACUCCUGCCUCAGUUUCCCUACGUGCUCCAAGGCAAUGCA